ACUUCCAUUUUAAAUCCGUUUAAUGAUUCUAUUCUGAAUUGACCUCUCAAACUUUAAAACAUUGUCUUACACUUUCCAGAUUUUCUCUGUUUUUAAUAUGAAACUAAUUUGCCGUUUGUUUUCCCCACCAACAGGAACCAAACCUGGAACCGUUGAUCAACCAGCUUUUUACUUUUUAAGAAGACAUGACGAGGUAUCUGGGAUGACAGCAGAACCGUUGUGGAGACUGGUGGAUCUCAGUGAGGAGCCUCACGAGGCACAACAGAGAGCAGAAGAUGGGGCCCACCUCAGCACGUGGACUGACCUUCAUCGGGCAGCUUGGAGUGGUGACAUCCACCUGGUGAGGACAUAUCUACAGCACGGCAGUCUCGUAGACUCCAGGGAUGAAUUUGGCUGCACCCCACUACAUUACGCAGUAUUUAAGGGCUGCCAAUCACUGGUUAAACUUCUCAUUCACCGUGGGGCAGAGGUCGACGCCACAGACAGGCACGGCUGGACCCCUCUUCACCGAGCGGCGUGGAACGGACGCACCCAGACCGCCGUCCUCCUCCUGCGGCGUGGGGCUUCGGCCAGCGUGCCGACUGGGAGCGGACUUACAGCGCUGCACUGCGCAGCCAUAGGGGGGCACCUCCUGAUCGCGCAGCAGCUGCUGAGCUACGGCGCAAGCGCCGAUGCAGCUGACACGCAGCACUGGACCCCGCUGCACUGGGCUAUCGUGAGUGACCGGCUGCAUAUCAUCGAAUUUCUCCUUUCGAAAGGCGCUUCAACGCAAUGCUCAACACGGGGUGACAUGACACCCCUGCACUUGGCCGUGGAGGUCGGAAACAGAAAAGUAAUUGAAAUGCUAUUGGAAACUGGAACCUGCAUCAAUGCUGAAGAUGCUGUGGGAAGGACCGCGUUAUCGAUUGCUGCUGCUAACGGCCAAGAAGAGGUGUUGGCAGAUUUACUCGCACACGGGGCUGUGGACAGUGACAGAGCAUCUGCUCUGCAGGCCGCAGCAGGGAUAGGCCACUUCCGAAUAAUGGACCUCCUCACACAACAGGGGGCCAGCGUAGACGUCAGAGAUGGCCUGAACAUGACCGCUCUUCAUCGGGCGGCGGAAAGGGGCGAUACUGAUGUUGCAGGGUAUCUGAUAGAGCGUGGAGCUGACGUAGAGGCAAGAGGCUGGCUAAUGGAUACUCCUCUCCACCUCGCUACCAAAAGGGGCCACGAGCAGACCAUCCAAUUACUGCUGAGCAAAGGUGCCAACAUGUACGCCACUAACCUGUGGUACGAAAUGCCCCUUGACAUUGCCUCAGCACGAGACUGUCACAAUGAUCUUUGUGCAUUUGAGAAACAGAAUUAACUCUAUUUGUGUAUAAACUUAAAAUAAUCAUAUGCCCUUUUAUAACACCGUAAAGUGGCCACUGUACUUUUAACAAUGCUAUAUGCUUGCACAAUACACAAAGAGUGACAACAUAUGUACGUUGAAGCCAGGCUCAGAAUCAGAGUUAGAUUUAA